GGCACGAGACAGCCGCCGCAGCUCGCGCACUCACUCACUCACACACACACACAAACCGAGCGCUCACGCGCAGCCGGUCUGUCGGUGCGCGCUGUCCACGCGGUGGCGAGAAGAAACGGAAGGUGUCAGACUCGGUUUUGAUAAGGUAUUGCACCGCUCCCCCAUAACAAGAAAAGCAAUCGAUCCGACUGGAUGAUACGAGAGAGACGUCCCGUGCGCAUUAAAACCGCUUCAUUUGCAGGACGCAUCUGAGGCGCGUUUUAUUGUGGUGUGAAAUUUCACUCCUUCGUUUGUUCCUGACCCUGCGACCCCAGGCUGUCAGGACACCCUGAUUGAGGAGGCCACCAUGAGUCAGGAGGGGCCGGAUGACCCCCUCCGCACAGAAAGCCCACCUUCAGAAACACCCCCAGCACCUGAGCUCGCUCAAGUCCAGGAGGGAGAGUCCAAGCUGGGGGAAGAGGAGACGGACUGCCCUAAGGGUGAAAACAUGGAGGGUAGAACACAGGUGGACAGUAAGGAUGGUGGAGAGGCAGAUGUUAAACUGGGAUCAGAGAUUUGUGGAAAGAAUAUCAAUAAUACACAAUCCAGUAAAAUGGAGGAAGAUGAAGUGAGAUUAGGAGAGGAAAGUAGAAACAGAGAGAUGGAGGGCAGGUGCCCUGAAUCUCUGACUGAAAAUGGCAAUAGGAGCAUCUGUGAAGGUGAAGAAACACAAACCCUAUUGCCCCAGAGCUCAGCAGAAGGCUCAACCAAACCCACGUACUCCUUGAGGUUAGAGAACGGGACUGAGGACGACAGCGAAGGCCAGGAGGACGAGGAGGGGAUCGGUGUAGAACCCUCAGGGCAUGGGAAUCUAGACACCUUCAGCUCCACAUUUGAGCUCUCUGUGGAAGAAGCGGACGUUGAGGUAGAGGACGAGGAAGGAGGGGAUCAGAGGGAGAGACACAAUCGGGACAGUUUCAGCUCGACGUUUGAGCGCAUUGUCGAGCAGGUCGACAAGACAACGGCCCUUGAGGAGGAGGAGGAGGAGGAAAACGAGGGAGAGGAAGAGUACGACGGGACAAAAGAAGCCAAGGACGGCUUCAGCUCAACAUUCGAGCGGAUUGUCGAGUCAGAGCUCCUGCGAGGUGGGACUUGCUACAGCAGUCUGGAUUCUCUGGAUGUGUUGUCACUCACAGACGAGACGGACAGCUGCGUUAGCUUCGAGGCGCCACUCACCCCUCUCAUCCAGCAGAGGGCUCUACUGGGCCCUGAACCUCCAGAACUAGAGCUGGAGACUGUGCAGGAAGGGUCCGAGAACCAGGAGGGGGAGACCGAGCUGGGGACAGAUGCAACGAGGGAGGGAGGGCGGGAUGGAGCAAGCUCUGCAAGUCCGCUACGAACCACCAUACCAGGAAGCAGGUCGGAAAAUGUCUUGAGCCAGCCGGCACAAUGGAGCAUCCCUAAUGGAUUCCACAUUGAGCUGCCUGGAAAUAGAGAGAGCGGGGGAACUAUGCCAAACUCUGUAAGCGAUGCCAACUUCACAGAUGUGCUGUGCGACUCGGACUCAGAGUUGGGCAGCGUGGAGACGCUGGAGAGCGGUAGCACAGACACACUCGCCAACGGUUGCCGUGUCGACGCGGAUGCUGCCAAACGAUUGGCCAAGCGACUGUUUUACCUGGAGGGAUUCAAGCGCUAUGACGUUGCCCGACACCUGGGCAAAAAUAAUGAAUUCAGCCAGUUGGUAGCCUCAGAGUAUCUGAGCUUCUUUGACUUCACAGGACUGUCCUUAGACAGAGCACUGAGGAACUUCUUGAUGGCGUUUCCGCUGAUGGGCGAGACACAGGAGAGAGAGCGUGUGCUGGUUCACUUCUCCAAACGCUUCUGCCGAUGUAACCCAGAGGAGCUCACUUCAGAGGAUGGCGCUCAUACACUAACCUGUGCGCUUAUGCUUCUGAACACAGACCUGCAUGGACACAACAUUGGGAAAAAGAUGUCCUAUCAGCAAUUUAUCAGCAAUCUGGAGGGACUCAAUGAUGGCAAAGACUUUCCCAAAGACUUACUCAAGGUGCUCUAUAACUCAAUAAAGAACGAGAAGCUGGAGUGGGCGAUUGAGGAAGAGGAGCUGAGGAAGAGUCUGUCGGAGCUGGUGGAGGAGCAGUGCGAGGCUGGGGGGAAACGGGUUGUCAGGGUAACGGAUGGCAGUAACCCUUUCAUCGCCAUUCCACUUUUACUCAACGCUGCCACUUACAAACAUGGCGUUCUUACACGCAAAAGUCACGCAGAGAUGGACGGCAAACGCACCCCAAGAGGCCGAAGAGGCUGGAAGAAGUUUUACGCUGUGCUGAAGGGGAUGAUUCUCUACCUGCAGAAAGAUGAGUAUAAGCCUGAUAAAGAUCUGUCAGAGGUGGAUCUGAAGAAUGCAAUUCGGGUUCAUCACGCUAUGGCCACGCCAGCCUGCGACUACAGCAAGAGACCUAACGUCCUUAAACUGAAGACGUCUGACUGGAGGGUCUUCCUUCUGCAGGCCCCGAGCGAAGAGGAAAUGAUGUCAUGGAUUUUUAGGAUUAAUCUGGUGGCCGCUCUCUUCUCCGCCCCUGCUUUCCCUGCCGCUAUCGGCUCGAUGAAGAAAUUCUGCAGACCGUUGCUGCCCUCAUCCACCACUAGACUCACACAGGAGGACCAACUAAAGUCCCAUGAGAACAAACUGAAGCAGAUCGCAAUGGAACUAGAGGAGCACAAGAGGAGCCCAGCAGACCUGACGCCCAAGAGCAAAGAAUUGGAAGAGUAUCGAAUCAAAGAGCACUAUUUAACCUAUGAGAAGUGCCGUUACGAGACGUACAUCAGCCUCCUGCAGGUGAAGUUCCGCACAGGAAGUGAUGACCUGGAUAAGAUUGAGGCGAGUCUGUUCAGCGUGGAGGGGAAAGAAGGUCACCUGCGUAAAACUCAGUCGAGCCCGUCCAUCAGUCAAGGUCACGGGGUCAACGGACGGGCUGGUCAUAAACACGCUCUGGAGCACAAUAGCUGAAGAGCUUUUCUGGUGGCUAUGAACUUUGACCUCAUGCUUGAGACCUCAUGGUUCAGAUACAUGAGACGGACUCGUUUCGUGAAGUAACCGCGUAGCAUUAAAACGUCCAUAUUAUUUCCAUGUACAGUAAAUUUAUUAUGACCAUUAUAUGUAUUAUUACUACGACAGUAAACGGUGUUAAUAAUGCUAUGAAGGUUAUGUGCCAAAUAGGAAAACGAGGAGACCGAGACUGUAAACGUAGGAAGAAACGACAGCAAAACGUUUAAUGUCAAGAGAGCGUGAAAGGCGGCGGCGGCAGAGGAAAUAAGGUGCACUGUGACAUCAUACAGCCACAUGUUGUGAUGUCAUCAAGAAUUCUUUAUGAUUCCAUCAAGGGACAUGAAAUGAAAGCAUAGAAGACGACAUGACGGAAUGAUCGGAUUUAUUCAUUAUUAUAUUUCUUUGUGACAUCAUAACGUGUAAUAAUUCUUAGGCUGUGUGCUGUAAUGGCUUCCUGACCGACAGGUCUGGUUUAGAUGUAGCAUUCGGUUUACUCGUGAGGUGCCUGUUGAGUAGCCAGUUUAAGGGCUGUGCCACGUGCCGGGGUGCAUGUAAAGAUUCCCCGAGUAUUAUAAGAUACUGUAGUAUACCACUAUCCCCUUGUAAUUAUUUAUUAUGUUAUAUUUAUUCAUUGUAAAUUUUAUUUUCUCCAUUCGGAUCUAUAAUACCGGAAUAUGAGAGGAUGCUUAAAUGAUACAUCAAGCGUUUACCCGCUUGCAUUCUCCUUGCUGGGGAGCUGAUGGAUAUUUACAGUAUGCUGAUAAAAAAUACAGUGUCUUAAUACACAACAGGGUAUGAGAAAAACAUUGUAAAUUGGUUUGCGUGCACACGAGAAGAUGAAGGACUAAACAUCGCUGGGUUUGCAUAUGCAAAUGUGCGACAACAAACCUUUUGGACCUAAAGCAACAUUAUUUCCCUAUUCAAUGGACUACAAAGCCCCGACCAUGUGUUUCUGUGUGCCUGGAGAACAUUUCAGCCCGGAGAAAACAUUGAGCAGCAGGACUGCAAACAACACCAACCCAUCGCUCUCUCUUCAUGUCAGUCGCUAUCAUGAAACACGUCUUUCGUGAUUUUGUAUCCCAGAUGUGUGGCCGUCACAGCGACUGCUCACGAGCCACUCAAUAAGACUCUGGUCAGCUCUGCUGACAUCUAAUAAUGGUACAAACUUUGAGCAAGUGCAAGUAGAUUUUUAUAGUCCUGUUUUAAAGCAUGAGGACGGUGCGAGUGAGAGAAUGAGCUUGCGGCUCUUUUAUGCUUUAUGGGAUGUGGAAUGAUAUAAGCUGCAAUUUUAUACAUUCUUAGUAAUGGCUUUCUUAAAGGACCUCUCUAUAGCCUACUUUUCGCUUUGGCUGUUGUGCUAACAUGAUUUUCCCGUUAGGGUAGAACUCAGACGCUGUUGUAAUAAAAGAUUGUGAUGAUUAUUUUACGAUCUCCAACUCCGUUGAUAUAAGAAAAUGAGGCAAUGUUUGUCAUGUUCACCCCACACAAGCUCUUCUGUUAUUUUAUUUGUCAAAAUUGGUUCAUUCAAUAAUUUCUUUCGAUUAUAUUGUAGAGCCAUGGAUAUUGCUAAAUUUUAUGAUACACACAGAAUUAAAGUGAUAGUUCACUCAAAAAUAUACAUUUUAUCAUCAUUUAUUCAUUCUUGUGUGUUUUAAGACCUGUAUAUGACUCUCAGUGGUUUUAUGUACAUACAACGGAAGUCAAUGGGGUCCAAUGUUGUUUGGUCACCAGCGUUCUUCAAAAUAUCUUCUUUUGUGUUCUGAAACAGGUUUGAAAUUUCAUGAGGGUGAAUAAAUGAAACGUUUUUGGGUGAACUUUCCCUUCAAGCAGGUUUCACCACAGAUUAGUCGCAUUUUAAAACUGGCAGAUAUGAUGGCUGUGGUAGCCUCCCCAUUCACAUUUUACUUCCAAUGUCAUUCCACUAGAAAUUG